AUGUCUCGUUUUCCUGCUCAAUAUGAACAAUGGUCUACCCAGCAGCAAUGGAACUAUCAACAGCAACAGCCAACACAAUAUUUUCAACAGCAGCAACAAUCCUUUCAUCAACAACAGCAUUCAUACCAACAACCUCAAUACCUUUCUGAGUCCCAAACUAACUAUGAGUAUAUGGAUUAUACACCAACACCUUAUGACGGACAUACAACUUACACUGACGUUUCUUACGCAUACCCAAAUAAUUCAAUAACCGCCAAUAUGCAACAGACUUCAUAUGACUACAUAACCCCUCAUCAGAUUUUACGACAGCCAUUACAUCAACUACAAAUGCCUCAACAACAAAUCCCAAGUGAAGUGACCAUGUUUCCCACUCAAAUUCUUCCUCAACCGCGUGAGCGACAAGAUUUGCAAGAGCAACCAUUGAUAUCACAGUAUCCACAACAAGAAUCGCAGCUAUUACCACACAAACUUUUAUGGUAUUUUGCGGAACGUUAUCUAUCUAAAGCAAAAGCCACUGAAUUAUCUUCCACGUCCUCAGUUAAUCAACAAAAGUUAUCUUCGGAGCAACAGAAACAUAUUUUAGCUGCGAUCAAGUGCCUGGAGGCGGUGAUUAUAAGCGUUGCUAAUGGGAGCACAUAUAUGCCUUUAGUUGAGCUAAAGACGCGGUUCAGGUUGAGUCAAAUUCUUUUCUGGUUUACCGAAAACGUUCGAGAAGCAGAAAGUCAUUUGCAGAAAGCUCUGGACACUGUGGCUGAACUGAAAUUUAGGAUGAUUGACCUUCAAUGUAAUAUUUUCAAAAGUGCUAAUAAUAUUAAAGCGGCACGUAAUAUCAUGAAAUCUGGUGUUAUGGAAGCAAUGGAAUGCAAUAUGCCUGAUUGGACAUAUCACUUUCUAUUACGGCAUGCUGAUCUUUAUAACGCUGAAGGUGAUUUCAAUGGAUGUUUGUCAACCUUGAAACAAGCAGAAUCAAUGGCUGACCAAAGAGGCGAUAUUGAAAUGAAGGCAUGCCUUUUAAUUUCAAUUGUUCAAUACGCCUUUACGAGUCAAAACUAUUCAAUAGCCCAGCAUUCACUUGCUGAACUUUCAACUUUAUAUUUCCCACCACCAUCAUCUCCAUUUAAUAUGCAUACUGGAAAUGUAAAGGAUGCUACAGAAAAGUUGGCUGAAGUUCACAAUAUGUUAAAUCAAAAGCGGGACGUAGAAAGUUUGGAUGAUGUGAAAGGUUAUACGACGAUUCAUGUUUCGGCUGCUCCUACAUCGUCAACUACUAUGACAUCGUAUUCAACUUCAACAGCUAAAAGCGUGCCAGUAAGAAUCAAAGUGUCAUCUAAGGCCGAAAUAUAUACGCUCACAUUUUUGAUCUCAAGAAUAUGCAACGGAAAUGCUACUAAUGUG